AUGUUCAGUACUAUAAAUAGACGGUUUGCAACAAGGUCAUUUUCUAUGGCAAGGGAACUACCCAAGACUUCCAAGUUGCUGGUCGGUGGUGCUACUUUGACUGCUAUUACCACGUCUGCAUUGCUUUAUGCAGACUCCUUGACAGCAGAGGCCAUGACUGCCGCAGAACACGGCCUGCACGCUCCAAGCUAUGCUUGGUCUCACAAUGGGCCCUUGCAGACUUUUGAUCACGCCUCCAUUAGAAGAGGUUACCAGGUCUAUCGUGAAGUGUGUGCGGCUUGCCAUUCCUUGGACAGAGUCGCCUGGAGAACAAUGGUUGGCGUUUCCCACACCAACGAGGAAGUGCGUGAGAUGGCUGCUGAGUUCGAGUACGACGACGAACCAGAUGAGCAAGGUAACCCUAAGAAGAGAAUCGGUAAGCUUUCCGACUACAUACCAGGCCCUUACCCUAACGAACAGGCCGCAAGAGCAGCCAACCAAGGUGCCCUACCACCUGAUCUAUCAUUGAUCGUCAAGGCCAGACACGGUGCCGCAGACUACAUAUUUGCCCUGUUGACCGGUUACCCAGACGACCCACCAGCCGGUGUCCAACUGCCACCAGGCACCAACUACAACCCAUACUUCCCAGGUGGUGCCAUCUCCAUGGCCCGUGUCCUGUUCGAUGACCUGGUCGAGUACGAAGACGGUACCCCAGCCACAACGUCUCAAAUGGCCAAGGAUGUCACCACAUUCUUGAACUGGUGCGCCGAGCCAGAACACGACGAGAGAAAGAAGGCAGGUUUGAAGGCUCUACUGCUACUAUCCUCCUUGUACUUGCUGUCCGUAUGGGUCAAGAAGUUCAAGUGGGCCGCCAUCAAGAACAGAAAAUUCGUUUUCAACCCACCAAAGCCAAGAAAGUAG